AUGAUAAAUCAAGAUAGUGCAGAUCUCGAUAUCUAAUAAGAAGGAUUUAAUUUUUAGAAGUUAUUUGAAAAAAAAUGCUCUAAUUAAGAAACUCGAAAGGAGGAAAUCCAUAAAUAUCAUUAAUCUGAGAGUUAAUAACAUAGUUAAGGAGAUACUUUAUAAGCAUUAGUCAAGAAUAUUAAAAUAGAAAAACAAGUUGCAGGUAGAAACAAAAAAAAUAAAAAGAUUUAAUGGAAUGAGAAGAACACUAAAAUAUUUAAAGAUCUUUAUUAAUAAUAUUCAGGUAAUUUAGAUUAAAUCCUUUUAUACUUUUAACAAAAUAAUGAAUUAAAUACAAAAAUUGAUAUUAAAUAAAUUAAAGUAUAUUCUAAUUAUAAUAUACUAGAAUAAAUUUAAAAUUGAAAAGAAAAAAAAAAGCUUGACUUUGUUAACUUAGUCUUAAAGAAUAUCAAAAAAUCUUAACUAUUAAUUAAAAUUAGACUGA